AUGGCCUAUAUCAGGUCUUACAAGGUUAACUCCAUGACGUCCGAGGCAGCCCUACAUGUAGCAGUGAAGUAUGGGCAUUUAAAUGUGGUAAAAGAAAUUUUAUCACACUGCCCGGAUUGUUGGGAGAAGCGCAAUGGUUAUAACCAGAACAUUCUUCAUCUUGCAGUGGCGAAAGAACAGAAACAAUUGUUGGACUUCAUCUUAGACAACGUUUGGGGUUCUGAACUCAUGAAUGAGAGAGACCUUGAUGGAAAUACUCCUCUCCAUCUUUAUGCUGCUACUAAAAAUUUGGAUGGCUGUAAUCUCGCAAGUCACAUCCAUGCAGAUAAGAAUGCCUUCAAUGUUGCUAAUUUCACUCCGCUAGAUGUGGUCGUACAAGCUCCUGAUCAGACUGAAAGACUGAAUGUAAUCAAGGAUGAGCUGGAGAGAAAUGGUGCUACUCGAGGAUUUCGAUGUAGUGGAACUAGAUUGAAAGGAAAGCGUGGAAAAGCACUUUACGAAAGCAACCAAUGUCAUCGACCAGAAGAAGAUUCAAAAAGCAAAGCUGAGACUAAUUUGAUAGUUGCUGUACUGAUACUAACAGUCACUUUUGCGGCUGGUUUUACUGUUCCAGGGGGGUAUGAAAGUAGUGAUGGUCCAAAUAAAGGCAUGGCAGUUCUAAGACACAAACCAUCUUUUAUUGUCUUUGUAAUUGCUGAUAUGAUUGCCUUGGGAUACUCCUCAGCAGCAGUUUUUACACAAUUUAUGUUUUCACCUUCAGAAGGGAUCACUUCAUUGCUUGGGUUUAUGGGAUUUUUUGUACUUUUUGGAACUGGAAACUUCGGCAUUCAGCUCAAGAACGCUGGAAAUCAGUGUAAGAUCAUUUUGUCAUUGUCGGGUGGAAGACUUGGAUUUGCAAUUGAAUGUCGCUUAAAUCUUGUACAACUUGAUGAUGUGUCUAAUAUUGCUGGGACAUCUUUGCUUCGAACUGGCAAAGUCAUAUGGUCAGCUGUGGUGCAAAAGCUACUUAUUCAGAAAAGGCAAAUGGAUCCUCAAUUAUACAAAGCAGCCCAAUCGGGUGAUUCAGAUGUUAUCAGACGGUGUGCAGAUCAACUUGAUUCUCAGCUUACUCCGAACCAAAAUACAGUCCUUCACAUAUUAGCACAAUUCUGUGACUCUUCAUAUGCUGUUGAGCAGAUUCUCGGAAUAAACCACUCCUUGCUGUGCAAACAAAAUGCAAAAGGCAAUACUGCCCUGCAUGUAGCUGCUAGAAACCGGUACUCUGGUGUCGUGCGAGCUCUUAUUGAUUGCGCAAAAAAUGGUGAAAAGCCUGAUAAACAUAACUCUGAAGGGUGGAUAAAGAUGCUUAGACUGACUAAUGACAAUAGAGACACAGCCCUUCAUUUGGCUGUAAGGACAAACUGCUAUGACAUUGUGGAACUCUUGGUAAAAGAAGAUGAUGAGCUUCCACAGCCCCGGAACAAGGCAGGGGAGAGCCCUCUUUAUCUUGCUGUUGAGAGGGGAUAUCACGAUAUUGUGGAUCUGAUUUUAGGAACUUGUAAGUCACCAUCUUAUCAUGGUCCUCAUUUUACAACGGCUUUGCAUCGUGCAGCAAUGGGGAACUCCUUAGAAUGCGUGAAAUUGCUAUUAGGCAAGUUGCCAAAUCUCACGAAGGAGGCAGAUCGUGAUGGACAGACUGCAUUACAUAUUGCUGCAAAACUUGGUCACCAGGAAGUUAUAAAAUUACUACUCUCAGCAGAUAAGUCUGUGGCCUAUAUCAGGUCUUGCCAGGUAUACUCCAUGACUAAAUCCAAAACGUCCAAGACAGCCCUACAUGUAGCAGUGAAGUAUGGGCAUUUAAAUGUGGUAAAAGAAAUUUUAUCACACUGCCCUGAUUGUUGGGAGAUGUGCAAUGGCGAUAACCAGAACAUUCUUCAUCUUGCUGUGGCAAAAGAACAGAAACAAUUGUUGGACUUCAUCUUAGACAACGUUUGGGCUUCUGAACUCAUCAAUGAGGGGGACCUUGGUGGAAAUACUCCUCUCCAUCUUUAUGCUGCUACUAAAAAUUUGGAUGGCUGUAAUCUCAUAAGUCACAUCCAUGCAGAUAAGAAUGCCUUCAAUUUUGCUAAUUUCACUCCGCUAGAUGUGGUCGUACAAACUCCUGAUCAGACUGAAAGACUGAAUGUAAUCAAGGGUGAGCUGGAGAGAAAUGGUGCUACUCGAGGAUUUCGCCGUAGUGGAACUAGAUUGAAAGGAAAGCGUGAAGAAGCACUUUACAAAAGCAACCAAUGUAAUCAACUAGCAAAAGAUUCGAAAAGAAAAGAUGACACUUAUUUGAUAGUUGCUGCACUGAUAGUAACAGUCACUUUUGCUGCUGGUUUUACUGUUCCAGGAGGGUAUGAAAGUAGUGAUGGUCCAAAUAAAGGCAUGGCAGUUCUAAGACACAAACCAUCUUUUAUUGUCUUUGUAAUUGCGGAUAUGAUUGCCUUGGCAUACGCCUCAGCAGCAGUUUUUCUACAAUUUAAGUUUUCACCCUCAGAAGUUGACUGUGAACGCUGGUUAUGGUACAGUAAGAGUAAUACUCAUUGGAACAUUAGAGUCGCCCUGAUGGCAAUGGUGACAGCAUUUGUUUCUGGCCUGUUUGCUGUGCUAUCAUCACCGUUAAUCAAAGCCUUAGUAUGUUAUUCAGGAAUCACUUCAUUUCUUGUGUUUAUGGGAUUUUUUGUGAUUUUUACAACGGAAGAUUGCUACUUUUGGCUCCGAAAUGCUGGAAAUCGGUGUAAGAUCAUUUUGUCAUUGUGGUGUGGAAGACUUCGGAUUGCAAUUGUUAGGUUCCGGAGUUGGUGAUUUAUACUGGUCUUUCAUGUAGUAAAAUGAAGUGA